CAGGCCACAUGAAGGGUCUCGGCCUGAAACGCCGACUGUACCUCUUUCUAGAGAUGCUGCCUGGCCUGCUGCGUUCACCAGCAACUUUGAUGUGUGUUGCUUGCAUUUCCAGCUUCUGCAGAAUUCCUCGUGUUUGUGAGACGUUAAAGUCCGUGCUGAUUAACCUUUACUUUCCAGCCCGCCCCCCUCAUAAAUAUCCAUUACCCGACAUUGCGAAUGAAUUAAUAAUUCAGUGUCGGCCGGGGUCAGGCUCAUGAAUAUUCAGUGUUUACUAGCCUGGUGAGUGAUGGCUGCCGCGCUGCUGUGUCGGUUGCUGGGCCUGCUUGAAGUGAGAAGCGCCGCCCUACGCUGGCGUGCUCCUUGCUCUAUCCAUGUAGGGUGCCGAAAGAAAUCAACUCAAUACUUAAAUCGUCCCAAUCUACCUAAAUUAGCAUACAAGAGAUCAAAAGGUAGAAAUCCAGGAGUUCUUUUCUUGCCGGAUUUUGCAUCUAAUAUGAAGACAGAUAAAGCAUUGGCCCUUGAGGACUUUUGUAAAUCACUUGGGCAUUCGUUUGUAAGGUUUGAUUAUACGGGAUGUGGUGCAUCUGGUGGAAACUUCAGUGAGUGUACAAUAGGACAAUGGAAGAAGGAUGUUUUGUCUGUAAUCGAUGAGCUCACCGAAGGACCACAAUGGCUGUCGGUUCUUGUAGUUCGCGUUGUGUCGAUUUGCGCAUGCGCAUUUCCAGUGCCGCCUUCGAAGAACCCGUUACCACCGCCAUUGCUUCCUGUUCUACCGAAGGAGAUCCAACCUGAGUCCGAGGCUCCAUCGUUGCACAGUGGUCCCAGUAGCAAAGAACAAUGGGUCUGUCAGGAUCUCUGGUGAUUUUAAGGUCACCAUCAACCCAGCACUGUAAGAUCAAUACCCAGGAUAGUGGAUGAUAUCUUUGCAAACCUUUCUGGAGGAAAACACUUCAGCAAAGUGGACUUAGCUGAGGCCUAUCUACAGAUGGACCUGGAAGAGUUCCUCACCAUGAACAGAAAGGGCUUUAUUGCUAUAAUGGGAGUGGCGUCUGCAGCUGCACUCUGGCAGAAAGCUAUGGACCAGCUGCUGCAAAGUUGUCCAGGCACUCAGUGUUACCUGGAUGACAAGGAACUUCUUCAAAAUCUCAGGACAGUGUUAAAAAGAAUAGAAGAUUAUGGCCUCAGAGCACAUUGCAACAAGUGUGAUUUUUUAAAAACAAGCAUCACUUACAGUGGUCACACUAUUGACACACAAGAAUUACACAAGUGUGCUGAGAAAAUUUAAUCAGUGUUAGAUGCCCCAAUGCCAAAGGAUGUGUCACAGUUGCUGCCUUUUUAAGAUUUGUUAACUAGUAUAAUAGUUUCCUGCCAAUCCUGGCUACUGUACUGCACCUUUUGAACUCAUUAUUACAGAUAGGGAAGAAAUGGCAAUGGACAAAUCAAGGUAAGCUGGCUUUUCAGAAGACGAAGGAAAUGGUAAUGUCAGACACUGUACUCACACAAUUAUGAUCCACAUUGUGCAGUGAAGCUUGUCUAUGAUGCCUCCCUUUAUGGUAUAGGUGUUGUCAUGUUAUGAGUAAUGGAAGCAAAUGCCCUAUAGCCUUUGCAUCACAUUCCCUUACUGCUGCAGAGAAAAAUUAUGCACAGAUUGACAGAGAGGCCUUGAGGCUGGUGUGAGAUGUAAAAGGUUUCCAGCAGUACUUGUAUGAGAGAGAGAGAGAGUUUACCUUCAUUACUGAUAAUCAACCGCUAAUGUCCACUUUCAAUCCACAAACAGUAGCAGCACAAAUGUCGAGAUGGGCUUUUGGAGGUCACAAUUACAAGAUAGAAUUCAAGAUGAUGACUAAUCAUGGAAAUGCCGAUAGAUUGUCCCAUUUACCCUUGGAGAAGGAACGCCAAGGUGAACUUGCCCUUGAUGGAGCUUGCCUUAUGUGGGGAUUGACAGUUGUUGUAUCAUCCAAGCUGAGAGCUCAUAUGUUGGAGGAGCUGCAUGUUGGUCAUCUAGGUGCAGUUAAAAUAAAAGUGUUGAUUGAAGCUUUGGUGGCCUGGAAUAGUUCAGCAGAUCAAACAGCUUGCCAUGCACAAGUGCAGAAGAAAGGCAUUCGGAUCCGUCAGAACCACUUUCUGUAGUCCCAGAGAGACCUACAACUACCACAGAGGAAGAUCCCAGAACCUGAGAUUGCUUCACAGCUGCAAGUUUCACCUACCAGCAGAGUGACCUCCCUGGUUAGGAAUGAUGUUUUCCCACAACAGUAUGAAAUCUUCCACCAUGAUUAAAUCUUUAGGCCUGAAUGGGACAAUUUAAAAUUUACAAUGCCAUGGAUGUCUGUACAGUAGUUGUAUAAUAUAGCAUAGUAUUUAUAUAGUUGAGAUGCAUUCUAUAUUGAGAUGGAGUUUAUAGCUAAGCAGGGAGGAGUGCUGUGUAUUUAAUUUUUGAGUAAUAUAAAUAUAUUGUUUGAUCAAGCAGUCUUUGUUUUUUACAUAAUACAUUGUGGGUUAUAUGUAAAAGUAUGUGAAUGACAUACGUCAUUAUUCCACCAUGUCACA